CGUAUCUAAAAGCAAAAGUCGGGUAUGAAGGAACUGAAGAGAAUUUCAAAUAUAGAAUUUUGGCUGUGGGUAACUUUGGCAUUGAGUCUAUACUUGGUCCUUGGUCCAUCCCAUACCAACAAAUAAAAAAAAAAAACAAUAACUGUCAAAUUUGACAAUAAAAAGCCGCCCAACGCAAAUCUAACCUAUUCCAGAAUUAUACCAUUCUACAUUGAGUUUAAUUUAACUUAACAUUACAAAAAGUAUUUAGAUCAUGUAUAUUAUAAUAGGUCUCUUAAUAUUAGCUGUUAUAAUUGGUUUAGCCUUUGCCGUAUAUUAUUCUUCAGAGAAGCAAACUGUUUACACCGAUUUGAAAGGUAAACAUGUAGUUGUGACCGGAGGAUCCAGUGGCAUUGGCAAAGCUGCAGCAGCAGAAGCAGCCAGGUUGGGAGCCCACGUCACAAUUAUUGGUCGAGAUGUUAGCAAACUGACCUCUGCAGUUACUGAGAUAGUCGCGAAAUGUACGGACAAAGACCAAAUGAUACAAUACGCGGCCUUAGAUGUAACAUCAGAUUACAACGCGAUAUCAAAAUGUUUAUCUGAUUUAGAAACUUCUGUGGGUCCUAUUUUUAUGCUUAUAAAUUCUGCCGGAAUGUGCAUUUGUGGAGAAUUCGAUAAAAUGAAGGUUGAAGAUGUUAAACAAAUGAUUGAUUUGAACUACUUUGGCACGGCAUACCCUACAAGGUAUGUUUUACCUGGAAUGAAGCAGAGGCGCGAAGGGAUUGUCGUAUUUGUAGCAUCAGAGGCUGCAUUACUUGGUAUUUAUGGGUACAGUGCCUACAGCGGUGGAAAGUGGGCAGUUCGAGGUUUAGCUGAAACUCUAUUCAUGGAACUGCUAGGCACUGGGGUGCGCCUGACGCUGGCUUUUCCGCCUGAUACAGACACCCCUGGCUUGAAGAAUGAAAACUUAACAAAACCUAAGGAAACUAUGCUUAUAUCUGGAAGUGGUGGGCUGCAGUCAGCGGAGACGGUUGGAAAGAAAAUGGUCCAUGAUGCUUUGACUGGAAGAAAGUAUUCAGUGUUUGGGUUCAGUGGUAAUUUAAUGUCUCUUCUACUCUGCGGAUCCAUAGACGGCUUGAGCCAAAUACUGGUGCAAAUAUCCUGCAUGGGGAUUCUACGGACCAUCAUGGUUGGCGUGUUGUUGUCCUUCCACAAAAUAGUCUGGGAUGGCUUGAAAGAGAAAAAGGAGACUCCAAAGAAUAAAUAAGAUAAGUCACAACAUAGACAUUAUAAGGGCAUCCGCUAGCUGGUGCGGUUGCACGGAGCAGGUUAACGAAAAAUAGUAUGACCAACGCUUAGUGGCGUGGACGCGUGUGACGGAUUUUACAAUCGCAUCCAUGUGCGCGCGCCUGCUCCGUGAUCCCGCGCCAGCUAGCGGAUUCCCUUAUAGUUGUACAUGUAGUGGAGUCGAAAUGCUUUCAAUAGUCAGAUGUAUUCCUGACAUUCCUUAUCUGCUGCAUUUUUAGAUGGCAAAAUACUAUUUAUUUAUAUUUUUGAUAAAAUUUAUUGAUGCAUAUCAAACUUUUGAGUGGCUAAACAUUAGGUAUUGUUAGGAGACGGGUUUGGGGUAUGAGGGGAAGAAAGGGAAAGUGGUUCUUUAGGAAUUGGCCAUUAAAGGAAAAUUGUUAUUCACUAGCCAGAUCCACACAGAGCGAGCAUAUGCGCGAGGCAAUUUCCUCACGCACAAACCAGCCAGUGUAGACGUGCCUCGGCAGAGGCGGCGCACUCGGGCGAGGAAAACGCGCACGCCGCCUCGGCUGAAUUAAUUAAUUUGAUAUGCAUUGACAAAAGUACUGAGGUUAUUAGAUAUUAAAAUUAGUCAUGUCAUAAUAAACUUUUAAGUACACAUUUUAUUGAAUAUUUUUAAGAAGAGAUACUUAAUAAAACAAUUUUCACUUUCAUAA